GUGGUAAUUCCUCGGUUGCUAUCUGGAUCCAACUGAUUGGCUGAACAACAUAAAGAACGUCAGACUCUUCUUUUGAUUGGACAUCCUUCCAUCAUUGACUGGUCUUGGACUCUGGCUGUGCUUGUUUCUUCUUAGUUCCGGGCAGCACCAUCCGGCUUAAGGGAGUCAACUGGAAGCUUGUUUUCUAAAUACAAGGGACUUUUUGAUAUUUUUAGUUUUUAUUCAUAUUUUCCUUUAAUGGAUGUAUGUGUGUGCUGCGUAAGGAGAUAGUGUGCGGAACAAACUGAACACACUGGAUCCAAUAGGGAAAAUAAGUUGACUGUGCUGUCGGAAUCAUUUGUUUUUCUCGUUCCAGGAAAAAAAGAUAGCUAAUUUUACCAACGUGAUUUAUAUUUCUGGAGACUGUGGUAACGGGAAAUGUGACAUCUGAGGGAGGACAACGGUCCAUAUCCCAUUUCUACAAGACGUCGUAAACGGAAACAUUGUAUAACACCUCGCGUUCUCGCUUUGAUUAGGUAUAUUUGUUCUCGCAGUCUACUGCUCCAUAAUAUGGGAAUUGUUGUUAUAUGCGGAACGUUUGAAGUAUACCAUACUGUUCUUGCAACGCCGAAUACAAGUGGCUAUCAAGCUAGCAACUGUAGCGUGACCUAAAAGCCGAAUAACUUCUGCAAAUUGCAUGCAGCAAAGGCUGUGGAACAUCAGCGGUGGUGGACCAGACAAUAUGGAAAACUUGAGUACAUUUGAAAGAUGAAUGCUGUGCUAUUUCCCAUGUGAUACAUAUCGGUUUCUCUUUUCAUAUCAAUUAGGGGAAAUUGACUUGAGUUUCGUCAGUGGAGAGGGUGCCGCCACUUCCAACAUGAGGGAGAUCUAGGGCCGCGGAUAAUUUAUUUAUUGUGGGGGGUGCGGGUUAUUUUCUGUCGCAUUUUUAUUUGACAUUUUUGACAAUGUGCACUGCAUUUACAUAUGAAUUAUUGUUACAGUUUGGUAGCCUAUAUAUACUGUCAGUGCAUGCGGAAAUAAAUGACAUUACAAUAAGUAGGUCAGAUCCGUGUAAUGAUGAGGCUGUUAGGUAGAGUGAGGCUGCCCUCAGAAUUAUAGCUGACAUGUUUAUUUAAUUCCAACCGUUUCAAGAGUUUUUGAUUUUUCUUUUAUGCAUCGGGUCACAACCAAAUUAUCAGUUAAACACCAUCUGCCCAAUCCCAUAGUAUAUCUUUACCUGGGAUAUUUUCGCGUAAAAUAAACGGCCAAUUUUCACCCAUAUUUCCCUCCUUUUCCUUUCUUUUUGAUUGUUAUUGAGUGAAUGGCUCUGUGCGGAACAACGGCAGCCAAUGCCGCAAAAAUGAUGGCUGCAUACAACGGUGGCGCCUCGGCAGUUUCUGCCCAUCACCCGCACCAUCACCACCAACUACCACAUCUCCCACCUCCCCAUCUCCACCACCAUCACCACCCGGGCCAGCAUCACUUGCAACACCCUGGCUCUGCCGCCGCUGUUCACCCUGUACAACAGCACGCUUCUACAGCAGCAGCAGCGGCUGCCGCUGCCGCGGUAAUGUUGAACCCGAGCCAGCAGCAACCAUACUUUCCCUCGCCAGCUCCUGGACAAGCCCCCGGUCCGGCAGCGGCUGCCGCACCUGCCCAAGUUCAAGCUGCGGCUGUCAAAGCUCACCACCACCAUCAACACUCACACCACUUACAGCCGCAGCUGGACAUAGAGCCCGACAGACCUAUCGGCUAUGGAGCUUUUGGGGUGGUCUGGUCAGUGACGGACCCCCGGGAUGGAAAGCGAGUCGCCCUCAAAAAGAUGCCCAACGUCUUCCAGAACCUUGUCUCCUGUAAGAGGGUCUUCCGUGAGCUGAAGAUGCUGUGCUUCUUCAAACAUGAUAAUGUGCUCUCGGCUCUCGACAUCCUACAGCCUCCACACAUCGACUACUUUGAGGAAAUCUAUGUGGUGACAGAACUGAUGCAGAGUGACCUCCAUAAGAUCAUCGUGUCACCUCAGCCCCUCAGCUCAGACCAUGUCAAAGUGUUUCUCUAUCAGAUCCUCCGAGGACUGAAGUACCUGCACUCAGCUGGCAUCCUACAUCGAGACAUCAAACCUGGCAACCUCCUGGUCAACAGCAACUGUGUGCUUAAGAUCUGUGACUUUGGGCUGGCGCGGGUGGAGGAGCUUGACGAGUCUCGUCACAUGACUCAGGAGGUGGUGACCCAGUAUUACCGUGCGCCAGAGAUCCUCAUGGGCAGCCACCAUUACUCCAACGCCAUCGACAUUUGGUCUAUAGGAUGCAUCUUCGCCGAGCUACUGGGCCGACGCAUCCUGUUCCAGGCACAAAGCCCCAUCCAGCAGCUGGAUCUGAUCACGGACCUGCUGGGAACUCCCUCUCUGGAGGCCAUGAGGACGGCGUGUGAGGGGGCCAGGGCCCACAUCCUCAGAGGACCACACAAACAGCCAUCCCUUCCUGUCCUGUACACCCUGUCCAGCCAGGCUACCCACGAAGCUGUUCACCUCCUGUGCAGGAUGCUUGUAUUCGAUCCGUCUAAACGGAUCUCGGCGAAGGAUGCCCUGGCCCAUCCCUACCUGGACGAGGGCAGACUGAGGUACCACACCUGUAUGUGUAAGUGCUGCUACACCACCUCCUCUGGUCGUGUCUACACCAGCGAAUUCGAGCCCGUCACCAACCCCAAGUUCGACGAUGGCUUCGAGAAGAAUCUGACCUCCGUCAGACAGGUCAAAGAGAUCAUUCACCAGUUCAUCCUGGAACAGCAGAAGGGGAACAGAGUGCCGCUCUGCAUCAACCCACAGUCAGCCGCUUUCAAAAGCUUUAUCAGUUCCACUGUGGCCCAGCCCUCUGAGAUGCCCCCAUCCCCCCUGGUGUGGGAAUAGCUGCUGUCUGGGCCACGAUCCGGCCGCGCGCUGGACUACUGAGGACAACAAGAAGAAACCCCAACCUGUGUAGCAUUUCACUGGAGUCUAGGACUAGCAAUGUCCACUGUGUGUGUACUGUAAUACUAACUAUGAAGUUUUAAAAUGAACCCAACCAACCACUGCUGACUGGGUUAUGGAGGGACUUUUACAGUGUGCUAUGUAUGCAAGUGUCUGCCCACACUGCUCUGUAGAUGCAAAGCCACAAAUGGAUGCACACACACAUGUGCAUACAAACAUUGUGCAGAGCUGGUAUAAGGGCCAACCUCGUGGGCUUGAAAGUGUGUGUGUAAAGCCAGGGAUGAGACAGUAUUCUGCAGAGAGUCCUCGUAGUCUCUGCCUGCAGUCCCAGAGGGCAACGUACAGCUCCCGUCCACUUCCAUACAUACAUAGUCAUCACUUAUUUAUUAAAGGAGGGAGACGCGUUCUGGAAGGGUGUUAUUUUUAUAUAUAGCACAGGAUUUAAGACACGCUAGUUAACCCCCCCUCCCUCAGAAAUCAUAACGUUCAAUUAGAGAUGAUUCUUUUUAUAUAUAGCACAGGAUUUAAGACACGCUAGUUAACCCCCCCCUCCCUCAGAAAUCACAACGUUCAAUUAGAGAUGAUGCUUUUUAUUUAUUUGUGGUGUACUGUUAAACAGUUUAGUCAGAGGGUUUCAUUGUUUGUUUUGUCCCCCCAAAAAUCCUGCUCUAUUGCUGUUUGUUCUAUGCCUGCUGUCCCCUGGGUUAGAAGUCAGUAUUUGUGAAGAGAUGUGUGCUCUGCAUGCCACUUGGUUGCGAUACGUAUGGCGAGAACCCCUCAUCCGGCACACACACUUGCAUGACUAACCCAAAUAUGGGCAUGUGGAAGUAUGGUGCUGUGUCAGUAUUAGCUGGGUAAAAUGUGGUAACCCUGGAAUGUGGUUGCAUCAAAAAAUAGGCUAUUAGUGGGAAAGAAGCGCCACUGAGAGCUGAAGAGAUCCUCCGCUCUGGGUACAGUAACAUGACAGAGAGAAAGUAGUUUCGGGUACAUAUUGACAUUGUGGUAUUCAGAAAAGAUUUUGUGCUACAGGAACAAGAAGGCCAUGUUGGGGUGCUACUUGGUCGUUGCGUUUUCUAUCUGGAGACUCUGAGAGACCGAAUGAAUCUGCUGUUGAACGUCCUGUACCAUAUGAACAGGCAUGUUAAGAGUGUAAGGGAUACAGAUAUUCACUGGUUCCCCUGCCAUGUCUUCUGAAUAUAUAGUCCUACCAAACACUGCGUGUCCAUGUUCUGUCAAUACCUCGUUAAAGACAGACAAGCAGAAUGAUACGAAGAUCAGCCAAACCAAAAUCAUUUCAUUAUUCUGAAGAGAAAGUGAAACCAAGAUUUUUUAAAAUCUAGAUGUUUGAUGAUACGGGGAUGCUGCCCAUCUGGAAGAUGCUGAUUUAUUCCAUAGGGGGGCGUGUUGCUUAUACGUGUGUCCUGUCUCGUGCAAAUUAUUAUGUUUAACUAACUACAGUGACUUUAAUUGGUGAGGGGGUGUCACCUUAUCAAGGGAAUGGUGUCAAAGAGAGAGAUAUUUCCCAUCCAUGAAUAAGGUGAAUGAAUAAUUUAGCCAGUAAUAUCAGGUCUACUUUAAGCCUCACUCCCCAUAGCGAUGUUUCAUGUCACCUACACAAUAAAAUAAACUCGCAGAAGAAAACUAUUUCAUAUAUUUUUAGAUGAUUAUUUUCUAUUUAUUUCAGUCAAUGGAAUAUGAUAUGUCAAUAGGUGAAAAACAAAUGGAUUUAAAACUAAAUCUACAAUGGAGGAAAAAUACUAAUAAAUGAAAACUCAAAACAAUACUGCUGUAUAGGUGUAUUAGCCUGCACAUUUUUAGGGCUGUGUAUUUUAUUUUAUUUUUGAGACUUGCGUGUGUAUAUAUUUUAUUUGGCCUUUUUUUUAUGUUUUCCCUUGUACACGAGUGUGUAGAAGACAUAAAUAAUCCCCCCAAAAAUGAUUCAGAAAACAAAAUGAAAAAACACAUAACCAAUUAUGUUAAUUGUGUCUUGUGUGCACUGCAGAGCUGUGGCUAUAUUGAAGUAGAAGGCUUUUUUCUUAUUAUUAUUAUUAUUAUUUCUACCUUAGAGAAACACUUUACUAUUGUGUGUAUAUGUAUAUAAAGAAUUACAAUGUUGCUCUCUACCUCUUGAGCUCUAUUACUUGGUUUGUUUACCUCCACAAAUGUAUCAUUUCAUGUGGAUAAUUAAAAAUAAAACUUGAAUGUCCCUUACAGCUUUUAUAUAUAUAUAAAAUAUAUAUAUAUAUAUAAAACAGCUAGUUUUCUUUUUCACUCAUUUGAAAAACUAUUUUAAAUUUGCCAGAGGUAGGAUUCAUCAUGUCGUAUUAAAAUACCCUGUCAAUAGCCAAGCAAUUCCAGACUGUUAGUUGACGUUGAGUCAUAUAUUUGAUAGGCUAUGACCCUCCCCGUCUCCCUGUGUAAUAUCUGUGUGUGAAGAGAUUUUGUGUUGAAAUGAAGUACAAAAACCCACUGAUACAAAUUUUUAGAUAUACACAAAUAAUAACAAAGCAGACAGAAAUAUGAUGGUGGUGCUGUGAGAGAGACGAACUUGAACUCUGCAACUGAUAUUUGGGCAAAAUUUGGAUAGGUACUACUUGUGCUGUCACACAUUUUUAUAAGACAUUUGAAGUUUAUACUCAGAGGUAAUGUAAUUUGAAUACAAUUUAUGAUAAAUAUAUCUAUAAAGCUCUGCUUACAAGGACCUUAAAAGCCAAUGUGAAGUUGAGACCGGAAAUGACUCCUCGGAUGUGCUCAAGUGUGUGUUGGGAAAAAUGUCCGGUCUCUAACAGUGUAGAUUUGAAGUACAGUGGUGAAACUCAUUAAAUGUGACAUUUUAAAGAA